CUGGAACCGUAACAAAAGAACAGCAAUAGAGUACCAAGAAACCAAUUCGUCUAUACUAGCUCGAGAAAAAGACAUUGGAUAUUGGAUUUUAGAGGCUUUCUGAAUAAUGCGUUACGGUAUAACAUUUAUGAGUUUGAGAAAAUAUUGUGCUUAUCUUCAUUCCACCAUUUUCCCUAAAAGCUUUGAUUUGGCCUGUGUAACGCAGUUUUCCAAAAUAGGAUUUACGAACCUGUCUCAACCAAACUCACUAUCGAACGCUGAAUAUGAGUCUGUAUCAAAUAGAACUCUUGAAUUAUUAGCAGAUUCCUUUGAGCAGCUUCCAGAACGUUUUACAUUAGACAAAGAGUAUGAUGUAGAACACGCUUAUGGUGUUUUGAAAGUCACUUUUGGUCCUCAAGUUGGAACUUAUAUAAUUAAUCGUCAAGCACCAAAUAAGCAAUUAUGGCUCUCUUCUCCACGAAGUGGUCCUAAACGUUACGAUUACAUUCCAUCAAUGCGUCUGUGGAUCUACAAACAUGACGGCAAAUCCCUGCAUUCCCUUCUCAGUGAAGAGAUCUCUGCUAUUGUUGGCGGUGAUGUAGAGUUUCCAAGCUAAACUUGUUUUCCUGCCAUUCGCAUAAUUUCUUAAUAUAUAUAUUCCCCCUAUCCAAGCUACUUUUAUCGAACCUAUAAGAUCCAGUGAUUUGUGUAUAUUCAAGCAUGUCUUGUUGCAGGACUUAUUUUGUCAGUCGAAACCAUAUGUCAGAAUUAAUACACUGAUAGAGUGCUUAUUUUGUACAUACGAAUUCAUUUCUUUCAAAAUGACUGAUUUUUAAAACA